GUCAUCCCGAUCGCCUAAGCUCCGGAGAUAGUCAAGGCGCCUUUUUUGGCCUCCGACCGCUCCGGCAUUUCCCCCUCCCGGCGUCGAGGCUGUCGGCCCGCCUGACAACGUGACAGAGAUGCAUCGUGAUAUGGGAUUCUUACGUAGGCGACGCAUUUACCUCACCCUGGCCGCUUUCUUCCUCGUAUUAUUUACCCCUUCUCUCCUGCCCUCUAUAAUACAAUUCGGAGAUCACAUACGCCAGAUCCUUCCUUUCGCCUACCAAUGGAAGGUCCAGCAGGAUUUCGUCCCUACCCAAGAUGAGCUCGACUGCCUCUACGGCCGCGCCGCCGGGCCGGAGACCGCCAGCCAUGCGAAGAUCGAGCCUAUCCCGAACCACGUCCACUUCAUAUACGGGCUCAGCAACCCUUUCAACAAGCCGAGCGCCGGCACUUUCGAUUUCCUCUGCUAUUUGGCUAUACGGAGCGCCAUCGUGGGCAUGAAGGCGGACAAGAUCUCUCUCCACUAUACCUAUCUCGCCGAUCCCCCGUCCCCCGAGCCGAACGCCUCUCCCUUGUCGAAUCCCUGGAUACGCCGUCUGAAAGACGACAUCGAGCUCGUCUACCAUUCGCCCGAGGAGAUGGCCGCGCUCAAGAGCUCACCCGGUGCCACCUGGCAAGCGGCACAUGUAUCCGACAUUCUCCGGCUCCGGCUCCUACAACGCGAGGGCGGUAUCUACCUCGACAUGGACGCCUUUGGCUUCCGGCCCUUCACCGAUCUCCUCAAGUCUCCGCGCGAUAUAAUACUAGGUCACGAGGGCGGGAAUCGCGGCGGGUUGUGCAAUGCUAUCAUGGUAGCGCGAAAGAACAGCUCCUUCGUGGAGAGGUGGCUCAAAGAGUACGAGGGUGCCGACCUCUCCAAAGAGUGGAACUACCAUAGCGUCGUCUUACCUAAGGAGUUGCAGCUGCAGCACCGGGACGAGGUCUGCGCGUUGCCACCGGACGCAUUUUUCUGGCCGACCUGGACCUGGGAUCACAUCGAGUUUAUGCACAAGAGGCUGAGCAUGGACGAGGCGCGCAGGUGGUCCGCCGAGAUCGACAAGAACGGCGGGAGCCUCUACGAGGACCAGGUUGCCUACCACGCCUGGAGCCAGAUGGCCUGGGACAGGCAUCUCAAGAAGCUGACCCCCGAGAUCGUGAGGACACACGACACCCGGUUUAACCUGCUUGUCCGGAAUUUCAUGCAGGACGACCUGUGAAUGCUCUGCCUAUACGCACAGCUGCCGUCCUAGUUGGGGUUCCGCCAUGUCCUGUCGCAACGUUGAAUAAACUGUGGUCAAAUGAUUAGCCACAGGACUAUUCCCCGAAUAUUCACGCAGUGCCGAAUAUUCCACCGGGUUGGUUGGCUGGCCGUUUGGGUCCUUGAAAAUAGUCCCGGGCCUUCUAGACUUCGCGAUCAAAUUCAUAAGCUCGCCGGGGGUACGGGGUUUGGUGCACAGGCAUUGCAUGCAGUUCGUAUUCGAGGUAUAUCUACCUAUUGGCGUGGUAAUGAGCGGUUAGACGUCUAUACAUUCAUGAUACCCAGUCAGUUGCCAUCUCGCUCUCGAUUCCUCGUUACAUGUACCGUGGUUAGUGUAGGUAACUUUACAGAUAGCAUUAAGUGCGUGCGUGGUAGAGGGGAAGCCAACAUACUCAGGACACACUCGUAUGUGGUAUUACAACGGCGAGACAUCUUGGUGAUAUAGUCAAUAAUUUCUAGCAACUCCUCCGCUCGAUCCCCAUUGUAGCCCGACUUCAGUAUGCACCUUUCAGCUCUGAGCUCUCA